UCUCCCUCCACGCCAACUCAGUCCAUUUCGAUUCCCUCCUUUCCAAGCUUCUCCUGCUUCCAGAACUUUCCCUCCAUCCCAAGCAACUCUCUUCAACAUAUUCGCUUCAAUCUCCCAAUUCUCCGAUACUUCCUACUCUUUGAUUGCAUCUCCCUCUCCGUGAUCUCCGCGAUUCAAGAUGUUGAUGUCCAUUUUUAGUUCCUUCGAUGCUCUCUGCGCCGAGUUUUCCUACGGUCAGAGGUUACGCUUAUCUGUUGACGGCGGAAAUCUCAAGCCCAAGCUGGAGCAGAAGCCUUCUUCCUCCGUUGAUUCUUCUGAGAAGAAACGGACGGCUCCAGAUUCAUCCAAGGCCGCGCCACCGACGCAACCCGGCGGAGACAAGAAACAAAGGCGGCGAUUCUCGCCGAGGUUUGCGCCGGAGUUAGAUGGUGUUCACUGCUUCGAGUCAAUUGUACCUUAUUGAAUUUGAAUUCAUGCUUGAUUUUCGAUGUUAUACGAUACAAUUAAAUUAAUUCAAUUAUGAAAUUCGUGCCUUCUUCAA